AUGGACUCAGAUGCAUGCGUGGUGCAGCUGCAUGCAGCAGCAGCAGCGUGUCUUGAGCGCAGGGGGCCAGCGGAGGGAAGUGCGGAGAGAAGAAAAGCACUGGUGUGCUUCAAGUGUGCAGCCUUAAAGACACAGCUGGCCCCAACAAAAGAGCCCGGGGCCAGGCCAGCCAUGUGCAAGAGACCCGAGCCGCCGCGAGCUGGAGCAGAAACAUUCCAGAAACCGCCAGGAUGGUCUGAAAACGGCAGCCCGAAUGUGGAGAAGAGUGAAGAAGAUGCAAAAGCUGCAAGCGAGUCAAGCAGGCUGGGAGUCCAAGAGUUGGGAACAACGCAGGAAAAGAGAUUCACCUGUGUGGGUCGUCCUGCUUCUGGUGGUUGGAAGACAGCGCCAAAAAAAGUGUAA